AUGGGACUAAUCUUUUCUUUUUUCACCUUUUCCUUUGACCAGAUGGGACUCGGAAGCGCAUUGGACACCUUGUGUGGACAAUCCUUUGGUGCAAAACAAUACAACAUGGUUGGGAUACAUAUGCAAAGGGCUGUGCUUGUCGUUACACUCAUCAGCAUUCCAAUUGCAAUCAUUUGGGCUUACACAGCUCAAAUUCUCAUGGCAUGUGCGCAAGACCCAGGAGUAUCAGCGGAAGCUGGAUUUUAUGCUCGUUGGAUGAUUCCAACCCUUUUUGCAUAUGGCCCGCUACAAUGCUAUAUUAAGUUCUUACAGACCCAAAACAUUGUUUUCCCAAUAAUGCUAAGCUCAGGGGUCACAACUUUACUACACAUUCUUAUUUGUUGGAUAUUGGUAUUCAAAUCUGGCCUUGGUAGCAAAGGUGCCGCUUUGGCAAAUGCUCUCUCUUACUGGUUCAAUGUGUUCAUGUUGGCACUUUAUGUCAGGCUAUCUCCUGCCUGCAAAAAGACUUGGACUGGCCUUUCCAGCGAGGCUUUUCAUGAUAUCUUCAGCUUCAUUAAACUAGCUGUUCCAUCAGCUGUUAUGGUUUGCUUCAUAUUCUGGUCAUUUCAGUUUCUUGUGCUUCUUUCCGGUCUUCUUCCAAAUCCAAUGCUUGAAACAUCGGUGAUGUCGAUAAGCCUUAACAUUAGUUCAUUGCUGUUCAUGAUCCCCUUUGGACUUGGUGCUUCUGCAAGUACACGUGUUUCAAAUGAACUAGGUGCUGGGCGUCCACGGGCUGCUUACUUGGCAGUAUGCAUUGCGGUAUUCAUGGCCAUUACACAAAGCUUGAUAGUGGGAUUGAUCAUUCUUUUGAGUAGAAAAUUUUGGGGAUAUGCAUACAGCAAUGAAGAGGAAGUGGUGAAUUAUGUGGAUAUUAUGAUGCCAAUUCUAGCGAUUGCUAAUCUUUUAGAUGGAAUCCAAUGCGUGCUUUCAGGAAUUGCUAGAGGAUGUGGUUGGCAGAAGAUUGGUGCUUAUAUUAACCUUGGAGCUUAUUAUCUUGUGGGCACGCCAUCUUCUGUUCUUUUAGCUUUUGUCUUUCACUUUGGAGGAAAGGGUCUUUGGGUGGGACUCAUAUGUGGCCUAUUUGUGCAAGCAUUGUUGCUUGUAACCAUCAUCCUAUGUACUAACUGGGAGAAAGAAGCACGUAAGGCAAAGGACAGAGUUCAGAAUGCUUGUGUGCUGUAGAAGCAACUCAGCUGAUGCUAAAUUAACAAACUCAUCAGCAUUCUUCAUAAAAUUCAGUCCGUUUGUGGUGCUCAGCUAGCCAGCCUGCAAUGUUCCUUGUGAAAUUUCUUAUCAA